AUGCUAGAUUCCAUGGGCACGGCCGCGGAGACCACGAUUGACAGAUUAGUAGAAUGUGUAGACUCGUUCCUCGCGUCCGAAGAUGAAGAAUCCGAAGAGGAUGACGCGCUGGAAGAAAACGUCGUCGAGGAUCGCCCCCAGGAAACGAGAAACGUUGCGAAAGGGUUGCCGCGUUAUCUUCGGGGACUAAUGGGUGAGGCGAACAUGUGCUUCGCUCGAGGCCGUUACGAGGACGCUGUCAAGAUGUGCCUCGAGAUUGUCCGGCUUGCGCCCACUUCGCCGCUUCCCUUCCAGACACUCGCCAUGAUCUACGAGGAGCUACGAGAUCCGAAUCGAUCGUUGCAGUUCGGCUUGAUCGCGGCCUACUUGGGUACGCAGGACGCCUCCGAGUGGAGCCGGUUGGCGCAGCUUUGCCUGGAGCAGGGUCUCGUCCGCUGCCCUGCUAGUGCUUCACAAUCAUUGCGGAGUUCAGCUGCUGCCGCUGCCGGAGGGGCACAAAGCAAUCACCUACAGAACUACUUGAAGACUCUCUCGACGUCCUUUGAGAGAUGCCUGGUGCCUGCUGAGCUUUGCAUUGACAUAAAGACGAAGCUUGUGGUUUGUGUAAUACACCUGGGUGGCCGGCAUCUUGUUAUGGAUCUUGUGAGAGAAAUGAAGCGUGAGCUGGACCCCGAAAAGUCUGGCGAUUUUUUGCUGAAUGUGGCUGAAGCCUUCAUGGAAGCGGAAUUCGAGAACGAUGCACUACCGCUGCUGCGCAUGCUUGUGCGCACUUGCAACUGUGGGACGGCAGCCGUUUGGCUCCUAUACGCGGAAUGUCUGAAGCGACUCGGCCGCCACCAAGAGGCGACAAAGGCGUACGAACGCACGUGCGAGCUGGCACCACGCCACGCACCGUCCCGCCUCUCCCUGGGCCAGCUGUUGGACGCGCAGGGGCUUCGGGACCAGGCCAUCGACUGUCUCGCCACCGAUUCCCGACAGCUGCAGGACACCAAGGACAGCACGCCAGAGCAGCAGCAGGAUUUGGCGUCCGUGCUGCUUUGUCAGGCGCGGCUAUUGUGGGAUUCCGGACAGCGCGAGGCUUUUAUUGAGUCGGCCAUGACGCUGGUGCGGGCACACUGUUUGUCUGUCUGUUCGGCAGAAGAAUACGAUGCGGUGUACUCAAAUACGUAUCACUUGAGUCGCAUGAAGGUACUACGUGAACUGCAUGAGAAACGCGGCUUCACACCGGGCUGGCUCACAAUGGAGAGUGGUGUGUCUGUCGAAGAACUGCAGGCAUGCUUCCUCGAGCUCUACCGAGCACUGCAAGAGACCGGCCGCAUGGACGACCUGAGGCAAGUCGCGACGGAAGUUCUCGUCGCGCCCAUGUUCAAUAAAGACGCAACGAGCACUGAGGAGCUGGAGUUCUUGAGCUUUCUAGCCCAUUACCAGGACCCGGACCACGUAGAGCACAGCUUUGCCAUCAUCCGCGCCAUGGUGCUCAAGUAUCCGAACCAAGUACGUGCGUGGAAUUUGCUGGGUCUCGUGGCCAACCAAAUACCGGCGUGGCGUAAGAAGGGAUUCUACCUCCGGCUAUUAUACAAGCACGAGAAUAGCCUGCCACUUGGUGUGCUCGUCGCUCACAACGCUUUUCUCUGUGCGAACUACAAGCACGCUCUGGCAGAGUACACGCAACUUCUUCGCCAUGUCGGAAAGGAAGAGCCAAUGCUGUUGCUGUGCUCAGGCAUUAGCCUAAUGCGUUUGGCGGGACAACAGUUGACACUAAACCAAAAUUGUCCAGGGAGCCGAAAGUCUGCAGGGGUUCAGAAGUCUCCAAGGAAGUUUUACUGGCUGGCCACUCAAGGGAUGACCUUCUUGUGCCGCUAUUUGCGUGCUCGAGGCAGUGAUUGUCAGGAGGCCCUUUUUAACGUUGGCCGCGCUCUUCACGAGCUGGGCUACCCGCACAUGGCUGUCAACAUGUAUCAACGGGCACUCGCCGCACCACCGGCUGUGCAGAAGAUGCCAGAGGUAUUUGACCUGCGACGGGAGAUAGCUUUCAACCUCAGCCUGUUGUACCAGCGCGGAGGCAACAACGAAUUGGCCGAUUGGUGCAUUAACCACUACUGCGUCAUUUGA